AUGCCAGGUAACGUUUCUAGGCUCAUUCUCUCCAGACUGUUCAAAUCUCUCCCUCAUUGCUCUGAAAGAUCUUCGACCAAUCAUUCAACCAUACCUUUACUGCACCAUUUUAGUACUAUUCAUGAUGGGCGCGCAAGGAGAGAAAGAAGAAAUGAUGCACCAGAUCUCCUCCGAGAAUUCGAGUCUGGUUCUGAUGAGGGUUACAAUAAGGACGAAAGAAGGAACCAGAACCCCCAAAAUCCUCCAGAGCCAAUACCCAACAGACCAUUGAGAGGAGAAAAACCACGCAACCCGUCCGAAAACCUUUUCCCCAGAAAAUCCGAGCUCGGGUACGAUAGUGAUGAUGAUGGUGGUGGUCAAAGAAUGAGAGGAUCUCACCGUAUUCCUCUUACCCAAUUACAAAAUAAACCCAUGAGAGGAGGGAAGAGAGACGAGAAGUCCUAUUCUGAUCCUUUCACCCGGAAACUCGACUUUGGCGACACCCUCGAUUUUGACGAAAAGAUGAACCAAGCCAAUGAAAAUUCUCCUGUUCAAUUCAAUGAAAGAUUCAAGAGAGGUGAGAAGACAGACAAUCAACUCGAAAAUAGUUUCCUUGAGAAGUUCAAGAUUGGUGUAGACAAGAAGGAAGAGCCGCAACAAAAUACUCCCAGCCUAACCUUCGAGAAGACUGAAGACAAAGCAGCAUCCGACACACAAGUGACACAACCAGAAGAUGCCGAUGAGAUUUUCAAGAAAAUGAAGGAAACUGGCCUCAUCCCAAAUGCUGUGGCCAUGCUUGACGGCCUCUGCAAGGAUGGGCUAGUACCAGAAGCUAUGAAGCUCUUUGGGUUAAUGCGCGAGAAGGGUACCAUCCCAGAAGUUGUAAUUUACACGGCUGUGGUCGAGGGGUUCUGCAAGUCUCAUAAGUUUGAUGAUGCCAAGAGGAUUUUCAGGAAGAUGCAGAACAAUGGUAUUUCUCCGAACGCAUUCAGUUACGGGGUAUUGGUUCAGGGACUAUGUAAAGGGAGGAGGUUGGAGGAUGCUGUUGAGUUCUGUGUCGAGAUGUUGGAGGCUGGUCAUUCUCCAAAUGUGGUAACCUUUGCGGGCUUGGUUGAUGGAAUUUGUAAAGAAAAAGGACUGGAGGAAGCCGGAAACAUUAUUGGGAGGUUAAGGGAGAAAGCGUUCUUUGUUGAUGAGAAGGCUGUCAAAGAGCAUUUGGAGAAGAAGGGACCUUUCUCACCGAUGGUGUGGGAAGCUAUCUUUGGGAAGAAAAUCUCACAAAAACCGUUCUAGAUAUACUUAGUUGAAUGAAAGAUUGUAAGUUCUAGUUUUUGACUCUCUUUUAUUCAAACUGUUCGGCAAUAUGAUUUGAGGUAUAGCAAAGGAACAUUUUCGCCCAUAUUGUUAACUUUCAGGAUUGAAAAUAUUUGAUUGAAUUGCCAUGGCUGUUUCAUGUCAA